AUGCGGGCGACGAGGGUGGGCGUGGCGGCGGUGGUGCUGGGCGCGCUGGUGGUGUAUGCCAUGCUUGCAGCCCACAGCAGCAGGUCCGGUGGCGGGCCUGGCGGCGGGGCAUGGCGGGCGCGGGUGCGGACAGCCGACUCGGAUGGGGAUCGAUCCGAGGCGCGGGUGCCGGCGGAUGUGUCUAGGGUGCACUACGGCGCGGUGUCGCUGGUGUGGAAUCUUGCCAAGGUCUCGGAUGGGGCUGUAGUCACUGCUGAUGUUGCUGGAAAUCUCGGCGCGCCACAGGUCGUCGCCUCGCCGCAGACCGCCGACUGGUUGGCGGAUCGAUGGCAGGCGGCGCGGGACAUGUCGGGCACGCCCAUCGCGGGGCCACACUGGCUGGAAAUGGCGUUGGCCGAGGCGGCUCUCCCGACCAAGAUUGUGCUCGACUGGGAGACUGCCCGCGCCGACGACUACGUGGUCAAGGCACGCAACGCCGAGUCGGGUGAGUGGGGCGUGGUGCUGGAGAGCUCGCCAGGGAGAAAGACGAGCCGUGGAUGGGCAAGAGCCCGCGAUGCCGAGCAGGGAGCGGGCGAGAAGCACAUCAUGCAUGUGUGGGAGGACCAGCAGCCAAAGGCGUCCAAACAGAGCAACCUGUGCGACGCGCUGCGGCUGGAGAUCGCGGCGCCUGCCACUCAGUGGGGUGUCUCGCUGUGGCAGUUUGCGGUGUGGGGCCUUCGCCUCGAAGUUUAGAGCGCUACUCUACAUCCAGGCCCGCUCGGUCGUGUCGGCGUCGGAUGCGUCGUUGAGGAGGAGGUCAAACGCAUCCGAGGUAAAGUACUGUCCACGGG